GUUGUGCUGCUUUGGCUCGCCAUCUGUGUGGAUGCUGCUUUUUCGCUGUUUCACACUCUACUUGCAAGCUAAUAUACUUCAAUGGGACCUCAUUUUCUUAUAUUUUCUAUUAUCUUCCUUUUCUAUCUUCACUUUUACCUCUUUCAUUUAUUUUGCUUUCAUUAAAUUUUUGUUUUGGGUUUUUUUUGCUUUGGGCUUCCCAGUGUCUGCUUUUAUUGUUUUCCAUAGUUUCUUGUUGCUUCAUCAUGAGCCAUCUGCACCAACGAUCCAGUUCAAUUUGGAAAAGAAGCUCUCUUCGUUUCAAUAUAGGUGAAAAGUUGAACUCUCUAUUUUCUGACUCAACUACCCCAAGCAAUUCUAACUUUUUAAAUAAUUUAAAUGUUUCAAAUAUUUACUCUUCAACUUCAAACCAAUUCUCCAAUAAUACAACUUUAAACGUAAACAAUGAGCAAAACACAAAUUUAUCAAUAAACACCAAUUUAGAUAAAACUUCAAAUCAAAAUACUUCGCAUAAUCGACGAAACUCUUUAAAAUUAAAACUAUCUCCAAAGAUCAAACAUUUCCAUUUACACACUCCCGCUAACUCUCCUCCUUCAGAAUCUCCUGUUGACUCAAAAUUCUCAAAGGAUCAUGAUUUUCAUAACAAUCAAUUGGAUUCACAAAAUAUCAGAUACCCUAAUCGUCACAGUUUAUCUAUAUCAAGAUCUGAUCUCCCGAGAAAUGACUCAAAACUAUCUCUAGAUUUACCUACUUUACCACCUUUUAAUAGUAAUAGUAAUAGUAGUAUAAAUAUUAUUGAUAAUAAAAACAACAAUGAAAACAAUAACAAUGAUGAUAAUAAUAACGUUUAUUUAAAUAUAUCAGAAAAUAAAAUUUCAAGAACAAACUCCUUUUUACCCAAUUCUACUGCCACGAGUUCAAUUCUCUCCAGACCAAACUCCUAUAGCAGUAAAACUUCUCGUUUAAGAAGAAAACCACCCACAGAUACUGACCAUAAUGAAAUAAGUCAGCAACAAGAAUCAUUAAAGGAAAACGAAAACGAAAAAGAAAAAGAAAAGGAAAAGGAAAAGGAAAAGGAAAAUUCUACCCAAUUAGAUACUACCAAUGUUACCACUAGUAUUACAACGACUUCUCAUGAUAAUAAUAAAAUAUUACCUUAUCCAAACAUAUCUGAUUUGGAAAAUUUAAACAAAAAUUUAGACCAAUUAAUCGUAGAUAGCAACUUAAACAACAAAAGUAGUCAAGGCACUCUAACAAAUUUAGUUACUAAUUCAAGUGAUAUUUCAAAUGUUUUUCCUUUAAACUUGGAUUACUCUUCUCAUUCACCAAUUAUUUCUACUACGAUCAAUUCUUCUACCACUGAUAAUGGUAAUAAUGGUAUUAAUAACAAUAAUAACACAGUUGAAGAUGAUAAUGAAGAUAUUCAUAAUUUAAUUAAAGAAGAUCAAAAAUUAUUACAAAGUGAAGUAGAAAUAUUAAAAUUUCAAGAAAAGGCUUUAAAUUCUGUUCACCCAGUCGAUUAUAGAAUCAAUUCUCCAUCAAAAGACCAUUUCAGUAACCAACAACCAAAUUAUCAGUCGACUAAUAAUCAGUUGACCAAUAAUCAGCCAAUUAAUAACCAACCAACUAAUAACCCAAAUAAUAAUUUAUCUAUAUUACCCUCAAAUUUUAAUCAAUUUGAUAACCAAGAUGAUUCCCCCAAAACCGAAAGACAAAGACAGUUUUCUCUUGGCCAAUCCUCCGAUAUCACAACUGAAACCUAUAUCUUGGGUGAUACUUCAUCUCAAAUGACCUAUGACCAUAAUACUUUAAUAUCAAAUCAAAUCAAAUCACAAUUAUCUCCCCAAAUUCAGAAUAAUUACAAUGAUAACGUCAGUUAUGUGUCAAAUGAUGAAAACCCCUUUACUUUUUCUUCUGAUGAUGAUGGUGAUGGCGACGUUGAUAAUGAUUCGCUACUAUUCCAAUCCCAAAAGAAAUCAAACGAAAUAUCAAUUAGAAACACAAAAUUUUCUUUAAACAGUGACUCUCCUCCAUUUAUAAGACCUAUGCUGCCAAGAGAUAAUGCCUUUAUAGAUAGAAGACAAAGCAGGUCCACUGGGUAUUCAUUCGACCAAUCAGAUGACGAAUUGACUUUUGAAGUUAAAAAACCAACAUAUCACGGAUAUUUGGACCAAAAUACUGAUCAUAAUAGAAAAAUGGUUAUCAUGAACAACGUCACUGAUGACGAAAAUGACAAAAGGAAUAUCAGCCAACCCCAAAAUGAAAUUGAAAAUCCCACUCUGUUGAAUAUACCUUCUGAUUUAUUAAUUACAAGUUCACAAUCGGAUUUGAAAAAUUUGUCACCAGAAAAAAUCUUCUCCUAUGAUAGAAGAGAAGAAAUGACAGCUCCACCGGUUACUUAUGCAACAAAACCACAGUAUAAAGGAGUUUCAAGAAGACUUCCUCCUGGUGUUGCACCAUUGUCUGUUGGAAAUAGAAGAACUUAUUCGUCUUCAACUUUUGUGGCACUGGAGGAAAAUCCAGUGAUUUCGAAUAAAAAUAAUGCAACAAGAUCUUCUCAAGCUUAUAAUCCACAAGUUCUGCAAAAUUCUUCAAAUAUUGAUAAUUCAAUUUAUAUUGAUCCAAAUAAAGGUAAAAAGUCUUCUUACAUUGAAGAAUUAAGAAGUAAAGCUCGAACCGCAAAUUGCGAUAUUUCUUAUAAAAAAUGGGGUCUUCCCCUAGCUAUUCGAUUGGUUAAUAAAGACCUGCGUAUUUCAAAGGUUUCACUAGAUUCUAAAUCUACUUAUUUUCAAAAUGAUUUAAAACAUUUAUCAUUACAGCCAAGACUAUUAGCUUCAGAAGUUGAAAACAAUGACGUGUUCAGCGAUCUUUUGUCAAUUAAAAAAGAAAACAGUCUAUCAAACAAACGAAAAUCUUUGGAAUCUAACGUUUUAAUCAAAGCAUUAAAAGAUAUGGGUGAUUCAGGUAUUCAAAAAUCUCCAUCAAAUGUUUCCAGUUUUGUGGAUAAUAAUAGCUCCGAUAUUUUGGGAGAUAAAACCACUAUUAGGAGCAGCCACAGCUCAAUUUUAAAAUCACCCAAAGGAUCAGGUACAUCAAGAUAUAACAGUAUAAGAUCAACCAUGUCAUUUUCAGAGGGAGGAAUGAAGCUAUUUAUUGCCAAUCCAGAUGUCCAUUCUGAUAGUGAUUGAUAUAUUUUCUCAGUUCAUCCAGCAGUCAAAUCCCGAUCAAAAUUUUAGUAUUCCUGU